GAUUGCCUCUCGAUGACCCUGUGCUUGCUUGACUUCUCCUGCUUACAUUCCUGUGACAAGGCAGUGGCCAGCAGCGGCCGACGGACGACGUGACAACGCCGCGCGUUCGCGCAAAAAAACACUGUGUUUGACAUCUGAAAAUGCCGACGACACCGCAACAGUCGUCGCCCGUCGAGGAGCAGGAAAAACUGCUCGACGAAGCGCUGGCGAUCGUCAAAAACCAGGCGUUUCAAAUGAAGAGAUGCCUGGACAAGGAGAAGUUGAUGGAUGCACUCAAGACAGCCAGUCUCAUGCUGGGUGAACUGAGGACUUCACUGCUAUCACCCAAAAGCUACUAUGAAUUAUAUAUGGCUGUAACUGAUGAGUUAAGGCACAUGGAGCUAUUCCUCACUGAUGAGUUUCAAAAAGGCAGAAAAGUUGCUGAUUUGUAUGAGUUAGUGCAGUAUGCUGGGAAUAUAGUACCUCGUUUAUAUCUAUUAAUCACAGUUGGAUUGGUUUACAUCAAGACGAAUCCAUCAUUCAGAAGAGAUCUAUUGAAGGAUCUUGUUGAGAUGUGCAGAGGUGUUCAACAUCCACUAAGAGGAUUGUUCCUCAGAAAUUAUUUACUACAGUGCACCAGAAAUGUCUUGCCUGAUGUACCAGACUCCAUGGAAGACACUCCAGAGGGUACAGUCAAAGAUUCAAUAGAUUUUGUUCUUAUGAACUUUGCAGAGAUGAACAAACUUUGGGUGAGAAUGCAGCAUCAAGGGCAUUCAAGAGAACGCCAGCAUCGCGAGCGCGAACGUGAAGAGUUACGUAUAUUAGUCGGGACGAAUUUGGUACGUCUAAGUCAAUUAGAAUCUGUCACGCUAGAAAAGUACCAGAAGUCUGUAUUGCCGGGAAUUUUGGAACAAGUCGUCAGCUGCAGGGACGCAAUCGCACAGGAAUAUCUAAUGGAAUGCAUUAUUCAAGUGUUUCCUGACGAAUUUCACAUUCAAACCCUGAAUCCGUUUUUGAAAUCAUGCGCAGAACUAGAGUCCGGAGUGAAUGUUAAAAAUAUUGUUAUUAGUAUGAUGGAGCGUCUGGCGAAUUACAGUCAACGAACCGAUGGUGUUGGAAUGACAAGCGGUAAUGAUACAAAUCAAGAAUUUCCCGCUGAUGUACAACUGUUUGAGGUAUUCUCCGAGCAGAUAUCAUCAAUUAUUUCAACGAGACAAUACUUGCCACCGGAGGAUAUGGUUGCGUUACAGGUUGCGCUGGUUAAUCUUGCGCUCAAAUGUUAUCCGGAGCGUGUGGAUUACAUUGAUAAGGUAAUGCUCAACAGUGUCGAGAUGUUUCAAUUGUUUGGCAUGGAACGAUCUGAGAAUAAUACAAUGGUCGCAAAAGAAUUGGCGAAAUUGUUGAAAAUACCUGUGGAUCACUAUAAUAAUGUUCUGACUGUAUUGAAAUUGCGCCAUUAUGCCGCACUGAUGCAACAUUUGGAUUAUUAUGGAAGGAAAUCGAUGAGUAUGUACAUAUUGAACAAUACACUUGAUAGCGAGACGAUUAUACCUACGCAAGAUGGCGUCGAACAGGCAUUGAGUCUGGUUGCUACGCUUGUCAGUGAUCAAAGCGACCAGCCACGCGGACCAAUUGAUCCUGAGGAACUAGCGGAGGAGCAAAGCUUGUUGGCAAGACUGAUCCAUCAAUUCAAAAGCGACUCUGCGGACCAACAAUAUUUAAUUUUGAACACAGCGAGGAAAAUCUUAGGUGCCGGUGGACAACAGCGAAUUAAACAUACUCUACCUCCGUUGGUCUUUCAAGCCUUUCAACUGGCGUUUAAAUAUCGCGAUAUCAAGAGCGAAGAUGAAGUUUGGGAGAAGAAAUGCCAGAAGAUUUUCCAAUUUUGUCACUCAACUAUUUCCGCAUUGGUUAAAGCUGAAUUAGCUGAACUGCCAUUACGUUUAUUCUUGCAAGGUGCGCUGGCUAUUGAUCAAAUCGGCUUCGAUAAUCACGAAACGGUUGCGUAUGAGUUCAUGUCGCAGGCGUUUAGUUUGUACGAAGAUGAAAUAUCCGACUCGAAAGCCCAGUUGGCGGCCAUUACGCUAAUCGUUGGCACAUUAGAAAAAAUCAGUUGUUUCUCGGAAGAAAACGCUGAUCCAUUGAUAACACAAUGCGCAUUGGCUGCUUCCAAGUUAUUAAAGAAGCCGGAUCAAUGUCGUGGCGUAGCCACAUGCUCGCAUCUAUUUUGGAGCGGUAAAAGUCUAGCGACAAACAAGCAGGAAAUGCGUAACGGCAAGCGCGUCGUCGAAUGUUUAAAGAAAGGAGUGCGAAUUGCCAAUCAAUGUAUGGAUGUAAGCGUGCAAGUGCAACUUUUUGUCGAGUUGUUAAAUCAUUACAUUUAUUUCUUCGAAAAUGGUAAUGAUCAAGUCAGCGUGCAGAUAUUAAACCAGUUGAUAAGUAAAAUUAAGGAAGAGAUUCCCAAUUUAGAUGGAUCGGAAGAGACCGAACAGAUUACGAAGCAUUUCAACAAUACAGUUAAACAUCUAAAGGCGCGGACUGAUAAUACCGACGCCGAAGGGGUUUCAUAUGAGGGUUUAGAGAUAGAAAAGUAAUGGAAAUAGUAACAUUAAUUAGAUCCGCAUAUGGAAAAAGAAACAAAACAACUGGCUGAACAGUACAGGGCGCUAAUUGUGUAAAUAUAUAUAAAGAAACUGAUGUUAGAGGAAUAAUUAUGUACACAGAUGAUUUCGUUGUUUUAUACAAACCAUUGAAUCGCGAUUUUUACCUGCAGGUUGAAGACGUAACACUUCAAAUAACAAUUUCAUUAACCAGAGUAUUAUUCCAGGAGUUACGCAAUAACCAUUCACGUUGUUAGCAUUAGUUUGAUAUGUAUAACUUUAGGUGUUUUUAUGUGGCGAUUAUUUUUGGUAAUGCCUUCAACCUGUAUGAAAAACGACGCACCGAGAUAUUCUAAUUGGAACACAUGAUCUUGAGCUUGAGUCACAUAAGUCUAUACCUAAUAUUCCAUUAUAAUGUAUGUACUUUAUACAUAUUAUAUAGAUAGCUUUACAAGCGUUUUUGCAAUUAUAGCAUUCUUUAUUAUUAUAUAUUUAAUUAAUUAAUUGAUCACACGUGUUUGACCAUGAAUCCAUGUUAAUAUAAAUUUAGCCGUUCAUUUAGAGCAAAUAAACGAUUGCGAUUGUUUUGAGAUGUUAA